AUGUUCGUCCCGAAUGGCUUCGUAGGACGUUUCAAUGGAGGAAUUCCCGUGAUCGUUUUGGCCGCCGUAACCUUGUUGACAUCUCAGAAAAUGGAACCGUACCGGCGAGCCCUAGAGAAACCCGUGGCUAGCAUGGAGAGUUGCUUCUCUCCCUCGCGUGUCGACUCGAGACGCUCCCCUCACUGGCACAUCGACUUCUUCCUCGAGUACUACAGUGAGCUGUCAAAGAAGAGCAAAUCUGGCAAGCCCCUGUGGGAACGCAAGGAAAAGAUCUUUGACUGGAUGGGUGAGAAAUGGCAUCUAGGAUGGGCAACCGGAUGGGCGACCUCCGGCGAUAUGUUAAAUGACAACGGAUAUCGCGGCCAGACAAUCCGGCAGGAGAACCGGAUCAGAAACGACGAUUAUGACAUUCCUUUCUUUCGAGAUUCUCAGAUGAACCCUGACGACCCGAGGGAGCACCGAUGGCGUCUUAUCGAGAGAAUGGAUGGUAGUGAGUUCAGAUUCCUGAACGAUGUGACCAAGUGCCAUGAAAAAGCCUUCCAGAAUGGAUCAAUCGGUUCGGUCGAACAUCUGCAAGAACGAAUGGCGUCUCUCCUUAGGACUUGCGAUUUCAUGGACCACGUCAAGGCCCAAAUUCAUGCAGAAUUUGGAAGCCUGAGUUUCAAUCUUCAGGACGUACGCUCCUUGGCCCGGACCAACAAAGAAAUAGGGGAAGAUCUUAAGAAAGUGAUUUCUAGCAAACUGUUAGAGGAAACCACAACCUCGCAGAAACUUGGGGACCUCUUCUUCCCCACAAUCCUUCAGGCUCAAGAGGAUUCUUCGACCACCUCUAUCGACUUUCUACGUGACGACUGGUCUGAAGUAGACAUUUUUACCUGGGAACGCACCCAGCGUUUGCGCUCGAAACCAGACUUGGCGCGCGAGAAAGCUACUCGGCACGAACUGGCCCAAAUCCUAGAAUACACGGCUGAGGAGGUGAAUCUGGUGGAACCUCCGGAGCCAACUGUGAAAGGGAAGUCUAAGAAGCAGCUUCCGAAAGAACCUCAGGAGGGCGACGCUAGCGAGGACGAAGAAGCCAUUGAAAUGAGCGGAGCAAACAAGGAUGAGGAGACUAGCGGAGCUACUGAAUCCAGCGAAGAGGAUGCUACCGACGCUGAAAGUGAAGUCGAGAUGGAAACACUGCUCACGGGCCCUAUUCCUGGAUGUGAUCCCAGAAAGCUAUUCCCUCGGACUAUGCAGAUACUCGUCCAAGGUGUUCCAGAGAUCGGACUCCUCGAAGGCCUCUGGCUAGUUUCCCAAGGAGCCGAUCAGGAAAUAACCAACCUUCGCAUGAAUUACGAUGCUCCUAUUUUAGAUCCUGUUUCCAAAGAAGACCGCAACCGGUGCGUCCGAGAUUACAAUCGAGGAUAUCGAAUCUUGACAAUAGACGCAAAGAACAGAAAGAAGGUUCAACAAGGUCUCCACAAACCGCAUUCCAAGAAAACCCAGCACGACCGACCUACUUCAUCGUCGCCGUCACAGCUCGCUACUGCGCCUCCAGGCAUCUCCUUGGUCAAUCCGCUCCGCGGCACGCAUCCUCGAACUGAUUUUCUGGAAUCACGGGACCGCCCCACUCCACCGCUGUCGCAGUCUACUCCUGUGUCAGACUGA